AUGUCCAAUUCAACUUUCUCCCUUGCUGCAACAACCGCUGUUGCUUCAAGAAUGUUUUCAAUUUCAAACAUUGUAUCAACAAAUAACAACAACUCCAAUAAUAAUAUAAAUAAUAAUAAUAACAAUAUAAAUAAUAAUAGUAAUAAUAUAAAUUAUUUAGAAAAAGACAAUAAUAAUUACAAUAAUUCAAAAUCAAAUAUUAAUAUAUUGAAUGGAUUGGACAAGACAUCGGUUGGACAAUUCUCUAUGGUAACAGGCGAUGCUUUUGAAGGUGAUGUCGGUACGGUUGGUGAGAAAUUCUGCUUUCAGGUGGUGACGGUCGAUCGAAAUGGCGUGAGAAAGACAACCGGUGGCGAUUUGGUGUCGGUCCAUAUCCAGGGCUGUGACUACCACAACCUGAUCGAAGAGGUAAAGGUGAAUGUCGUCGACAAGAACAACGGCACUCACAAUGUACACUAUCACGUAACGAAAUCCGGUCACUAUUUCAUCAAUGUAUUUGUAAAUCAUGUAGCAAUACAAGGCUCACCAUAUAAAGUAAACAUUGAACCAAUUGAAUAUUCGAUAACGAUUCAAGAUAUAGAUGAUAUUGAAGCAGGUGAAGAAUUUAGAUUUGAAAUACUACAGGUACGAACACCUGGACACACCAUUCACGACAAGAUCGAGAUUGAAACCUAUAUCAAUGAAAAUGGCACAGUUAAAAAGACAACCAAUGAUUUCAGUUUAUUCCCAUCGACCGAUACACCCGAUUCUUUCUAUGGACGUGGAAAGCUAAUUAGAAGUGGAGAAUACAUCAUUGAAGGUUCGAUUUUCGGUGCCGUCGUAUUCUCGAAAACCAUUCAUGUCAAUGCUGGUCCAGUAUCCUCGAAAUACACACAUCUUCUAUGGGAUGGUAAAGAGUUAAUAACUGAAAACAAAUUAUUUAUUUUACCAAACAAUAGUAAUAAUAAUAACAAUAAUAAUAACAAUAAUAAUAGCAAUAAUAAUAUAUAUAGUCAACAACUACAACAACAAGAAUCAGAAUUAAAAUUCUUGGUUCAAACAAAAGAUCAAUUCGGUAAUAUCUCAAAGAAAUUGAAUGAUAACUUUGAAGUACAUGUUAUUCAAAGUUUAUCACCUAUUUCAAUGUCAUUAUUAAUUGAUGAUAAUAAUAGUAAUAAUCAAAAUAAUAAUCAACAACAACAACAACAAAAACAAGUAUUUAAAAAAUAUACACCAGAACUUUUAAGUGAUGAUCCAAGAGGAUUGGUUGCUAAACUCAAUAUUACAGAAUGUGGAUGGUAUUAUAUCGUUAUAAAGUUACAUGGUACUGUCAUUACCAACUGUCCAUUCACGGUGAUCGCUGUCAAGGAAUCAGACUGUUCGUUCCUCUCUAGUAAAUAUCGUGAUGGUUAUGCAACAUUCGAUUGCCAAAUCAAAAAGAAUAAGAAGUUAACCAAUGUAACUUUAUCAAUUAUGCCAAAUGUUACAUUAUUAAAAGAUAAUGAAUUAUUAAUUAAAGAUAACAAAGAUAAAGUAUAUCUAAAGAAUUUCAGUAAUAGUUUCUUAAUACUUUUAACAAUCUACUAUUUCUUUGGUGAUCAAACUGAACCAACAUUCGAAUCAAAAGUUAAAUGGUUUAAAUCGAGAUUAGGUAGAAUUCAAAAUGGAAAGGUUUCACCUUUGAAGCUGAAUAUCACCUCUAGAGAGAGAAUCUUGGAUGAAUCACUCAGCAUUCUAAGAUCGAUAGACCCGAAAGAGUUGAUAGUAUCGCGAAUGAUAGUAAAGUUUAUGAAUGAGGAAGGCGUUGACAUUGGCGCCGAUCGUCAUCUUUCAAUACGAUUCACACCGGCAUUCUACAAGCUGCUACUGAACGAGCCAAUCACCAUUCAAGAUCUCGAACUAAUCGAUCCUCAACUCUACAAGAACCAAAUCAUGUUCAUCAAAAACACACCAAUAGAACAAGUCAAUGAGAUAUUAGGUGAACCUCUUUAUUUCAUUAGAAAGAUAAUGAUAAUAUCUGAUAAUAGUAAUAAUAACAAAGAGGAUGAUAAUAGCAAUGUUAAUUCUUAUCAUCAACAACAACAUCAACAACAACAACAAGAACGUGUUAUCAAUUUAAAACCAUUUGGUAACUUGAUAAGAGUGACCGAUGAGAACAAAGAUGAAUACCUAGAUCUCUUGGUGAACAACAUGCUCUAUGGUUCUGUAAAGACGCAAAUCGAUGAAUUCAGAGAGGGAUUCUUCCAACUGAUACCACUGAAUCUUAUCUCAAUCUUUAAUUGGAAAGAGUUGGAUGUCUUGGUAUGUGGUAAAACCCAAGUAAACAUCGAUGAUUUGAAGAUACAUUCAAAUGUAACCGGAUUUGUUUCACAAGAUAUCAUAGAUAACUUUUGGAAUAUAUUAUCAGAUUUCAAUGAAAGAGACAAAAAACAACUCUUAAAAUUUGUCACUGGAUCGUCGUCGGUCCCACUCGGUGGAUUCUACCAACUGUAUCCACAUUUCACAAUUAACAUCACACCAAACACCAGCAAUUCCAGACUACCCGUUUCACAUACCUGUUUCAAUCGUAUCGAUAUCCCCAGAGGCUGUACCUCCUAUCAUACACUUAAACAGAAUUUACUUUUAGCCAUCAAUGAAGCAUCUGAAGGUUUUAGUUUAGUUUAA